AUGAAUUACUUUACUAAAGGAUUUUUACUACUGCUUGCCUUUCGGCUUACGGCUGGUACACCUAUAACGAAUUCAUCCGCAGCUCCAAUCCCGCCAAGCCUGGAUUCGUUCUACACUCCGCCGCAUGGCUUUGAAAAGACUUCCCCGGGACACAUACUGCGACAUCGGGCUGUUACGGUUACUGUUAAUCUCCCCAAUUAUCCUCCUUUAGCACAAUCUCUCCAAUUUCUGUAUCGCACAACCAACACAUUUGGUGAUGCGGUGGCAGCGAUGACAACCGUCCUUGUUCCACAAAACGCGGAUCUUGGGAAAUUAGUUUCAUUCCAAGACUUUGAAGACUCAGCGGACAUUGAUUGCGCGCCAUCCUUCAUAAUACAAACCAGUCAACCGGAACAAACUGCAUUACUCAUCGAGCUGGCUCUUAUGCAAGGCUGGGUUGUGGCCAUCCCAGAUCACGAAGGUCCCAAAGCAUCGUACCUUGCAAAUAUCCAGUCAGCACACGCCGUUCUCGAUGGCAUAAGCGCAGUUCUAUCUUCUUCAUCCCUGACACAUCUGUCGAAAGAUCCUGCAAUUGUCUUAUGGGGGUAUUCUGGUGGGGGUCUCGCCAGUGCCUUUGCCGCAGAGCUCCAGCCUUCGUAUGCGCCAGAAUUGAAAAUAUUGGGAGCCGCUGCUGGUGGUAUUGUCCCAAAUAUCACGGCUGUGAUAACCGAAGUUAACAAUAAGCCAAACUCUUGGCUUAUACCAGCCGGAAUUAUGGGCCUGGUGCAUGAAUAUCCAAAGUUGGGGCCAAUUAUCGAUGCGCAUCUCAUCCCAGCGACAGCCAGUUCUUUCAAAGCAACAGAGCAUGUUUGCUCUGAAGUUCUGUUUGGAAGUGAAAAUAUUUUGUCCUAUUUUCGCGACUUCAACGCCUUAAUGGCAAAUCCUUCUCUCCUCGCAAUUCUUGCACAAAACGACAUGGGCAAUGACUCACCAGAAAUACCAAUGUUUAUCUAUAAGGGAGUGCAAGAUGAAAUCAGUCCAAUUGGCGAAACUGACGAACUGGUAAAGAAGUAUUGCGCUGGUGGAUCCAGAGUCACAUACAGAAGAGAUAUCUUGGCAAAUCAUGAGUUGGAUGCUGUGCUUGCUCUCCCAGCUGUGUUGCCUUGCCUGAAUGACAGGCUAAAUAGGGUCCCUGUUAGUCACAACUGUUCGACUUCAACAAUGGUAUCAUCCUUGUUCGAGAUAGAUGCAAUGAGCCAGGAAACACAGAAUGUUAUCUUGUCAGCUCUGGUAGAUGCCAUUGCAAGCUCUAACUAA